CAUAGGUAGAUCACUCUACAAAAUUUUUUUUGAAAAUUUUGAAGCUGCAAACAAGUGCGUUAGCAAUCCCGACUUAAUUAAAAAUCAAAUGAGACCCUUUAUACCAAGAAGCUUGGUAGAAACAACUGGUGUUGCUAGACAAAUACCUCUUAACUUCACUGAGGAAGAAAUAAAAGAAAAUAUCAUUUCAGAUAUUCCUGUGACAGCUAUCUCAAGAAUUACCAGAAGAGAUCCCAAUGACAAAGAGAAGUUCAUUCCAACUCUCUCUGUGAAAAUAAGUUUUGAAGGCAACGAACUACCAGAAACCAUAGACAUUUUUUGCGUAAAAAUCAAAAUGGUUCACUACAUUCCUAGAGUUAGGCAUUGUUACAACUGCGGCAGACUAGGGCACACAAAAAUGGCCUGCAGAGCAGCCAACAGAUGCAUUAUCUGUGGCAAGGCAGAGGGCUGUAGUAGUAAAUGCAAUGAAACCACAAAUUCGUGCAUACUAUGCGGAGGGGAUAAUCACAAUUCACUCGAGAGCAGGAAAUGUUCAAAAUGGGCCAGAGAAAAACAGGUGGUCGAAAUUAUGACAAUAAAAAAAGUAUCUAAGUCUGAGGCGAUUGGGAUGUACAAUUUAAACAAUAAUAACCGUUUCUCAGCUCUAGAAAACUAUGAGGGAAAUUUUCCACAGUUAGAAGCAAAAAGUACAGCAAGAAUCAACAAUGAUGAAACAGUAAAUAGAAAACUCACUACAUAUAAAUACAAUUAUGUAGUUAGAAAUCAUCAAACCCACACAACAGCUACACCUAACCAUUCCAAAAUCUUGCCGAAAGCUACAACCAAAACACAACCCGUCUAUGAAAUGCCGAAUUGGUCCAAGGUCACAGAGAUUGAAAAGCUUGUAAAUCUCCUUAUAAAAAGGUACGACAUUGACGUUAAUGACCCCUUGGUUAACCUAAUUCGCAAUAUAGGCGCAGUACACAUUGAAGACAAAACUCCAAGUAACAAAGAUGACAAGUCCAAUAAAAAUAUUACAAUAUAACGUACAAAGCCUUAAAAGUAAUAAAAACUAUGUAGACUUCUUUAACACUAGUAAUAACAUUGAUAUAGUCUGCCUCCAGGAAAUUUUUUCGCAUGACAACCAUACAACUCAACACAAUUUAAUGAACUUCAACUUACUCAGAAAGACUAGAAUCGAUGGAUAUGGUGGCGUAGGAAUCGGAUUUAAAAAAGUACUUUUUCUUAACAAUCAUGAAAACGUUAUUAUAGCAGGAGACCUCAACGCUAGGCAUCAAGUGUGGGGAGACAGAAUAUGCAACACCAAAGGAAAAAUAGUUGUUGACGAAAUCAGGAACACCAAUCUACAGUGCAUCAACAGUGGAGCAAUCACUCACCGCACCGGUAACAGUGCAGGAACGGCAAUUGACAUAACUCUGACCAACAUUAACAGCAGUUACACAAAAUGGCACUGUCAACAAGUCCAUUUGGGAGGCAGUAAGCAUUUCCCCAUCAUCGUUGAGGUCACCAAUAGCAGC